AAUCAGGCUUUAGCGAAAUAAAACAUUGUUUAGUGCAUACAGCUGUCUAUUCUAUCAUGAAGAAUAUAUUUCAGAUGUUAAGUUUUUUAUUCGUUUCUUUGUUGGCUGAGGGAAAUGUUCAUCAUCACGCUGCUUCUAGUACUGCUUGUUCACUGGGUGGAAUUCUAGAUUCUCUAUCAGAGCUAACAAACUUGGCUAAGGAGAGAACUGCUACAUUGGAAAGUUCUAUUUGUUCCAAAGACAAAGCAUAUGACAUCGAAACAUACACCAAUGUGACACAAAACAAGGCAGAAAAAAAUGAUCUGCCGAUAAACUGUGCUAGUGUUUAUCAACAAGGAAACAGAACCAGUGGUAUCUACAAGAUAUGGCCACUGUUCCUGAACCACCCAAUCUCGGUUUUUUGUGACAUGGAAACUGCUGGUGGAGGAUGGACUCUAAUUCAAAGAAGAGGAGACUUUGGUCAACCUACACAGAAUUUUUACCAAACAUGGGAGAGCUAUAAAAAUGGCUUUGGGAAUUUAACCAGAGAAUUUUGGUUGGGAAAUGACAUUAUAUUCGUCUUAACCAAUCAAGACAACGUGGUACUCCGUGUAGACUUGGAAGACUUUGAAGGUGGUCGAAGAUAUGCAGAAGCUGAUGAAUUUUUGGUUCGAAGUGAGAGAGAACUCUACAAAAUGUCUUUUAAGACGUACAAGGGUGACGCAGGAGAUUCACUUUCUCAACACAACAAUAUGCCAUUCACCACCAAAGAUAGAGAUAACGAUAAAUGGGAGAAAAACUGUGCGGAGGCCUACAAAGGUGGGUGGUGGUAUAACGCUUGCCAUCACUCUAAUUUAAAUGGUAUGUAUCUGAAAGGACCACAUGAAGAAGGUGGUGUUGGAGUUAAUUGGUAUCAGUGGAGAGGGCAUAAGUAUUCUUUGAAAAUAAGUGAGAUGAAAAUACGUCCUAUCGUUUUCCUUCAUGGAGAAGGUCUACCGAAAUAAGGCUUGUUAAUGCGUCAGUUGUUCUGAGAAUAAAUUUAGAUUUAAAAGAACGUUUACAUAUUCACACUCAGGUAAAACUAUAAAAGCUGUUAUAUCUUCUGAGAAGUACAUUCAAAUUUAUACUUUUUUUCAGACACAUGUGUAAAAGCUAUUUGAGAUGAAAU